AUGGAGAAAGAGCCAGACGUAUCCGCAAAAGCAAGUGGCACCAGUGUGCAGAUAUCCCGACAGCCCGACAUGCCUAAGGGACGACGCCGCAACCGUGCAGGCGACAAGCGGAAAGACGUACCGCACCGACCACAGCGACAGCGGCUGGAGGCUGGUGGUGGUGGUCUUGGUACGAGUCGAGUUCCUCCAAUGAGUGGUACUGGAAGCGGGCGGCGGUUCCGUGCUCCAAGAAGUGCAAACUUCAAGGGUCCAGCCAACACGCUAGUGGGCGAGAGACGUUGGGGAGGAGGGGCACGCAGGAUUCGUCGUGCAGAUCUGAUGCUGUUCAGGUCCCUGGCCGAGGACCAUGCGGCGACUCACGAGCUGCACGCAGUACAGCUCCUCGACGUAGCGUGUCAGUGUCUUCCACGGAGGUCCCAAGAGGGUGAUAUUCAUUUCUGGCCAGCUUCGCUUCCUGAUGAUGAGCACGGUGUCUCUCGGUCCUCUGGCGGGUUGGAACCCGGCCUCGCGUCAUUUGACUAA